AUGGAUCCGUCCUCUGCAAACUCAGUGAACGGAUUCUACUCAUUUCUAAACAGAUCAAUGGACGAUCUCGAGAGGGUUUAUCUCUCAAACAACUUCAUGUCCGUACACUUUCUACAGAGAGCUCUCUGUCUUCUCCGUACCUCUCACUCGCAUCUCACUCUCCUCGUUCAAAAGCUUCAGCUUCCCGUCGGCGACAAAUGGCUCGAUGAGUAUAUGGACGAAAGCUCCAAGCUUUGGGAAGCUUGCCUCGUCAUCAAAUCCGCCGUUUCUUCUAUCGAAAACUUCUCUUCCGCCGGAAUUUCCAUCGCUUCCACCCUCGACGGCCACCGUCGUCUCUCCCCCCAGCUUUCUCGUCAGGUGAUAAGGGCGAUAUCAGGGUGUAGGAGAGAGGCGAUUGGGAUAGAGGAAGAGAACAGAGCUUUAAUGGAGAAUCGAGCUCAAAGGUUUCCGUUUUGGUCGGAGCAGACGGCUGCGACGGUGCUUGAGUCGUCGACGAAGCUACAGAACGGAUUCAGUGGUUUUCGCGGCGUACUGUACGCGACGAGGAACAUGAGUUCGCUUCUACUUAUGGUUUUGAUGAACGGUCUCGUCUACUGUUUCCCCGGCGACGCAGCGUUAUCGCAGACGCAGACGCAAACACAAACGCAGAAUCAAGUCGGCGGUUUCGCCGGAGCGAUGGGGAGGUUGCAGCAGAGAGUGGCGGCUGAGGUGGGGAGGAUGGGGAUUCGGAAAGGAAUAUUGAUGCAUGAAUACCGACGGAGCAAGGCGGCGUUGGAGGAGCUUAAGGCGGAGCUUGAGCGGAGAUUCUGCGGCGGGAGAGGCGGCGGAGGAGGAGAAAGCGAGGAGGAGGAAGAGAGGGAGUUGACAGAGAGAGUGGAGAAUCUAAAAGGGUAUUUUGGGAACUUGAGGAAUGGGACAGAGAGUAUAGUGGCGCAAAUCGAUGAUUUCUUUGAUGAAAUUGUUGAAGGAAGAAAAAAGCUUUUGGAUUUCUGCAGCCAUAGAUGA